ACACACAGACACCUUUUACUGUCCAUUGUGACUGAGAUUUACUGUUUCAAACUGGCGUGUCCUUUGGUGUGGGCUGGAGUUGGGUGAGGUCUCUUUGACUUCUGACGGGAGUUUGACAGCUUGGUUGGGGUGGGACUGGUCGUUGGCUUCUGGUUGGCCUUCUUUGGGGUCGUUUGGUGGCUCCAACGCGCGUUGGUCAUCAGAGAUCAGUGUGUCUUUGGCCCUAUCGGGCGCGUUGGUCGAGGCACUCUGGUUGUACAUUGGGUGGGGUCUCAUUGGGUGGGUGGUGUCGUCAUCACGGAGAGAUCAAUGCUUUUUUGGUGGAGUAGCUGGAGGGUGAGUGCUUAGGUCUCCGUUUGGAGGUGGGAGUUGUGCCAGGUUCGUGGCUCAAGGUGUUGGAGGUGACUGGGGUUGUCAUGGGGAGAGGCAAGGGGAGGAUGGUGGGGUCUUGAUUUUGGGAAACUCGACUGAGGCUUGGUAGAUAUUAGGGGUUUCUCUCUCUGCGUUUCGGGGAUUGAGCGGUCAGAUGGGAAAGCCCAAUUGCAGACAGAGAGGGGUCAAAGCCAGGGGAGAGAGUUUGUGAGAUCAGAACAUACUUUCUACCUUAUUUUCAUUCUUCUCUCCUUCCGAAUGCUCUCUCUCUCUUUGUUAUUCUUUUCUCUUUGCGUUGGGUCUUCUUCUCUUUUCUCGUGAGAUGGCGGAGUUGCGAUCGGCAGGUUUGGAAGGCCCGGAGAAGAUCUAGACCACCCGGGGGUGCCAUUGAUUAAAGGUUAUUCAGCCUUCUCUUUGUUGAACUUGCUUUCCUCUUUUUGCGGUUCCCUUCAUCAUCUUUUGUUCUCAUCAUGUUCUCCCUUAUCUCUCAACUCGCCAGAUCGAACAGUCGUCGGAGAACUGCCGAACACCCAUCGGCGACUAUGACUAUAGCGAGAGAUGUACUGUUUCAGCCAUGGCAACGUUGAGGGAGAAAGAAGAAAAGGAUUCGUCAAUGUGAGCAGCAAAAUCCAAGAAGAAAUUGAAAAGAUUGGUCAAGACCCUCCGAAAGACUUAGUUCCUUCUCAGCUUCAGCCUUCGGCUCCAGUUUGCAAGACCGUUACUCGGCUCAAGAAUUUUACAUAUGGUCUCGGUACCUGCUAAUUAUUCUGAUUAUGAUUCAGUGAGUUUUAACUUCCAUGCUGAGAUAUAUGCUUUUGUGCAUUGAUUGGCUAUGAUUGUGGUACGUUUUACUGGUGGGCUGUUGACUGCCAGGAUUGCAGUUUCCAGUUUGCAUAAGAGCACAAUGAAGUUGUUCUCUGCAAUGUUAGAACAAUGCGGUUUUUAUUGGUCUAGCAUGUAAUUGCCUGUGAGAUGAUGUAGUCUGAUUGCUAUGUACCAUUUCAAUGGAAACAUCUGAAUUGGAAAACACUAACUUCUGAUGGUACAUGGUAGAUAAUCUUCAGAGUGUGUUGAAGCUUCUUUCAAUUUUGUUUGAUUCCUUUCGUAUGUGAUACACAUUGGAAGUCUUGAUUAUAUUUCUAUCGAUGCCAUCUUCCAUGCUGGUCUUUCUUUGAUCUCCUGUGCAUAUUUGAUGAUCCCUAAAGCAUUCUGUUCAGAUUUAGUAAUGGAUGGUCAAAUGUGACUACCAUAAUACAAUGUUCAAGAAGACGCUGGGCGCUACCUAAGCGGGGAGGCACCGCCCAGCGCCCAUGGCGAUUAGACGUUGCCUAGGCGAGAUUUAACGUUGAAAAAAAAAAUAUGAUAAAUAUUUAAAUUCAGGAUGCAAGAGCGAACAUAACAGUCAUAAGUUCACUGAUUACUCUCUAAAAUGGAAUUCAAAAAGAAUUAAAAGUCACAUUUAUCUUUAUUUCAACUCCCCCCAAACAGACUGAUUCUCUAGCAGGCAAAGUAAUUCUCUAGCAGGCAAAGUAAAAGUGACAUUUCUAAUUUCUCUUUAUCUAUCGCACCUCGAGGUCUCCCCAAACCUCUCUUUUGAACUUGUUAACCACAAUAAAACCCCCCCUCUAGUGGAAAGAGAAAGACCAACCUAAGGCGACCGCCGACAGACAGUUGUGGAGACCGGCAGCGAGGACGAGGCCCAACAGAUGCUGACACGACGACCCUGUUGCAAUGCUGGAGAAGACGGCGACAAUCACCUGGAGAGGAGGGACGACGGGGAGGAGGCACGACGGCGGUAGGCUGGCUGGAGAGGAGGCACGAUGCAGUCGGUUGGCCGGAGAGGAGGGAGAGGUUGACGGCUGUAGAGAGGGAGAUGUGCUUGCUCGUCUGCUACCCGAUUAGAAUUAAAGAGUAUUAGGGUUUUUUGGGCCUUCCAUUAAAUGCACAGCAUCUCUUCCCUCUUCUCCUGGGCGUCGCCCAACAGCUUGGAAUGGCGACUCCGAGCUACUAGUCGCCGCCUAGGCAUCUUUCCACGCGAUUCCGCGUUUUACACGCCCAGCAGCUUCGCCUAGAGCUAAACUCCAAGUUUUCUCAUUGCUCAGCGAUUAAUCGCGUCUAGGCGCCCGCCUAUGCGCGUUUUCUUGAACACUGCCAUAAUAUAAUGUCUGUUUCGGUUUCCUGUUAGAUUGUUUGUAGGCCAAGGGGCAUGUUCUUUGAUGCUUUGUAUCAAGUUAAUUACUUUCUCAAAUGCCUUGGUAUCAUCAACAAUCAAAUCAUACGCAAUAGUAUAACUUUUCAGGUCCAUCUCAACCUUUUAUUCUAAUUUAUAGGUGCAUGUUUAUUGGUUCAUUUGUGAACCGAGAUGCUUUGUCUGUGUACGCCUGCAGGAUGCAUCAAAUUGGGAAACCGGUCACUACACUAAUUGUGCACUUGAAGCUUCUGUGAAGUUAGGCAUAGUAACUAUGCUUGCUCAGUCUUAGUAAUGAUAGUAAUUGUCUAAAGAUAACCAUGUGUAUUGACAGUAUGGUAUCAAUCUGUAUGAACUCUAUUUUAGAACCCCGUUGUAUAUUGAGAUUCCAAAGAUAGUAUCCUGCCUGUGCUUGGAUUAUCGAAAUGGUUUACCAGAUAGUUAAUUACCCAUUAUUAUAUGCUUUAGAACCUACGUUAGUACACAGCUGCAAAGCCUAUGGGUGUCUUAGCCAAAUGACUUGGUUUAGCGUUUGGAACCAUUUGACUCAUAUUUUGCCUUUGGUAGCGAUUGGUAAUAUAUGUUACAUAUUUUUUGAUGCACAUCAAUGCGUUGCGCAUAACUUGCUGCAACACAUGCAAGUUGUGCUCAUCAAUAAUUCGAUUCCCAAUGGCAACCUGUCUUACUUUUGAAAAAUUAUUUUCUGUACGAUUAACCAAAUAAGUGCGCUCUAAACAAAUAAUAGGCAGCUAUGAUCAAGUGAAACAAAAACCUCAAAGUACAUCCAUAUUUAUCACAAAUCCCGGCGCAGAGCACGGGUAAUGAAGGCUAGUUUGUUAUUAAUUAAGUUAACAUAAGGUUUAUUAAUGGUUUUUUAAGGAGGUUUGAUGGAUACAAGCCUACAACCCAUAAGAUUCGGUUGAAAUUAUGAUAUGGUUACUUAAAGAGUACUUGAUUAUGCCACUCACCAUCCCUAAACUUUAUCCCCAAAGCUUCUUGGAAAGCCACAAAGAAUUCAGACAAAUGUAAUUAUAUGCACGUGCUUAAAAAGGACUACACAUUUGAUCUAUAGCUACAUGCAAGUAACCUAAAUUAGUCAAGUGUAACAUUUGGUUGACUAUUUAUUUUUUUUAUUUUUUAUGGUGCAUUCACUUUUUUAGGUGUGUGUUAUACACUGUUAUAAUAAUUGUCACUUUGGUUUUCUAUUCAUCACAAAAAGAUGGCAAUCUUACUAACUAUAAAAUAUAUAAACUUGCUAUAAAAUCAUUUUUGUAAUAUUAUGCUUGUAUUUUAAAUACACUUCAUCUAUUAGGAAUCCUUAAAAGCGUAGGCGUCGCAUUGAGCACCACCAACUUGUUUAAAGCUAAAAUGGUUCUAUCUAAAUUCUCAUGUAAAGCUAACAUUGGAGAUAAAUUACCGUACACACCAAGACACCAACAUCAUGAACAAUUUGGUUCUCUAUAUAUGUACUCUUCCUUUGUGUUUGGUUCUCUGUAGAGCUGGCAAAUGGAUUGGAUUGGUGGAUCCAAGGAUCAAAUGGAUUGGAUCUAAUGGAUUGGUGGAUUCAUGGAUUGGAUCAAGUGGAUUGGUGGAUUAUCCAUGAAUCCAAAUGACAUCCUCAACCAAGGACCAAUAUGUAAAAUGUAAAAAGUUUAGGUACUAAAAUGUCAUAAUGAAAAAUUUUAGGAACC